GUUCCGCAAGCUGGCGGACUUCCGCCUCUUCCUGCCGCCGCGCCACUUCGAGGGCAUCAGCGCCGCCUUCAUGGACCGCCUGGGCCACCAGCUUGAGGACAUGCUGCUCUCCUGCAAGUACCGCGGCGAGCUCUGCGGUCCACACAACUUCUCCUCCGUGUUUACAAAAUAUGGGAAGUGUUACAUGUUUAACUCAGGCGAGGAUGGCAAGCCUCUGCUCACCACGGUCAAGGGGGGGACAGGAAACGGGCUGGAGAUCAUGCUGGACAUUCAGCAAGAUGAGUACCUGCCCAUCUGGGGAGAGACAGAGGAAACGACAUUUGAAGCAGGAGUGAAAGUUCAGAUCCACAGUCAGUCUGAGCCGCCUUUCAUCCAAGAGCUGGGCUUUGGGGUGGCUCCGGGGUUCCAGACCUUCGUGGCCACACAGGAGCAAAGGCUCACAUAUCUGCCCCCGCCGUGGGGUGAGUGCCGAUCCUCAGAGAUGGGGCUCGACUUCUUUCCUGUUUACAGUAUCACCGCCUGUAGGAUUGACUGUGAGACCCGCUACAUCGUGGAGAACUGCAACUGCCGCAUGGUCCACAUGCCAGGGGAUGCCCCUUUCUGUACCCCUGAGCAGCACAAGGAGUGUGCAGAGCCUGCACUAGGUCUGCUGGCAGAAAAGGACAGCAAUUACUGUCUCUGCAGGACACCCUGCAACCUGACCCGCUACAACAAAGAACUCUCCAUGGUGAAGAUCCCCAGCAAGACAUCAGCCAAGUACCUAGAGAAGAAAUUUAACAAAUCAGAAAAAUAUAUCUCAGAGAACAUCCUUGUUCUGGAUAUAUUUUUUGAAGCUCUCAAUUAUGAGACAAUUGAACAGAAGAAGGCGUAUGAAGUUGCUGCCUUACUUGGUGACAUUGGUGGUCAGAUGGGAUUGUUUAUUGGUGCUAGUAUCCUUACAAUACUAGAGCUCUUUGAUUAUAUAUAUGAGUUGAUCAAAGAGAAACUAUUAGACCUGCUUGGCAAAGAGGAGGAUGAAGGGAGCCACGAUGAGAAUGUGAGCACUUGUGAAACGAUGCCAAACCACUCUGAAACCAUCAGCCACACUGUGAACGUGCCCUUGCAGACAGCCCUGGGCACCUUGGAGGAGAUUGCCUGCUGACACCUCGGGCUACCCAGCACCCUUCAAACAGACCUUGAGGCCCAAGACCCAAGACAGGGGACAGCAAGCUCAGGUGGGACGGCCCCUGGCAAUGGAAAGCAGCAAGAGCCCCCUAUGCACACAUUGCAAACUCUGCCAAAACCUCGCUCCGGCCACGUCUGCCAUGAUGCGUCCUCGGGCCCCACGUGCAUCCCUCCUAGGAGAGAUGAGCCACUCUGGAACUGUCCAAGAACCAACCUGCCAUCACAUCUCACUGCCAGAUGUAUAAAGCACCUGCAUGCUCAGACUUCUUAUGGCGCCAUCUCCACGUCUGUCUUGUACAUGACAUUCCUCCAUGCGGUUUUCAGCAUUCACUCUGCUGCCUGUGCAGCGGGACCAGACACCAGCCCCAGAGUCACCACGAGGCCAUGCUGGAGCCCGAACUGCACAAUCAAGAAGGAAACCGCAGAACUCUCUUCUACAUUCAGGCCCUGUGUAGUUUGUGAAAGUUCUUGACCUGCCCACAAACCCCUGUCCCUCGAGCUGGCCCAUCAGGCUCCAGCACCCACCUCCCUCCCCGUCCCCAGCGCCUGCAAUGGCGGCUCAGCAGCCUGGGUGACUCCGGUGUUCAUCCGCGGCACCCACGUCAUUCUUCUCUCCCUGUGACACAGCUUGUACAGUCUGAUUCUUUUUCUUUGGGGGGCUUUUUUGUUUGUCUUUUGGACAUUUGUUUUGU